CACGCAUCAACGAUGACAAAAGCACAGCCGUUGAGAGUCGUCAUUGUCGGCGCUGGCUUUGCCGGUCUUACGGCUGCGAUUGCCCUGGGGAGGGAAGGGCAUCGGGUUGUGGUGUUGGAAAAGUCCCGUUUCAAUAAAGAAACAGGGGCUGCAAUUAAUUCUGCGCCGAACUGUACCAAGAUGCUGGAGUGGCUUGGUGUGGACGUCAAGGGGUAUGGUGGGACGUUGCUAGAAGAGAUGAGUCGAUAUGAUCAUGAAGGAACGUUGAAGUACUCUCAGGAAUUUGGCCCUAUUCGGCAGUCAUGGCAAGCCGAAUACUACUUUAUACACAGAGCCGACCUGCACACAGCGCUCAAACAACAAGCCGAGAAGGUCGCCACAAUCCACACCGGAUGCAGAAUUGUCACCGUCGGCGUGUCUAGCGAUAAUCCCUCUGUCGUGCUUGACGACGGGCAGGUAUUUGCUGCUGAUGUAUUAAUUGGUGCUGAUGGUCUUCAUUCCGUCGUCCGCAAACAAAUCGCGCCCAGCUCGUCGCAGCCCUAUCCUACAGACAAAGCCUGCUUCCGGUGGCUUCUUCCGACAAGCGAGAUCAGCAACCUUGACGAGACAAAGGAUAUCAUCCAGCCAGGACGAUUCAUAGAGUGGACAUCCGGAAAGACAAGGCUGGUGGUGUAUCCUUGCGCAAAUAAUGAGGUCCUCAACCUGUGUGCCUUUAUACCAACGGCGCAGGUUGAGGCUGCUGACGCAAGCAGUAAAGAAAUCGUGAUGAGGGAAUUCCGCGACUAUUGCCCUGCCGUCCAGAAACUGAUCGAAAGCACCGACGAAGACCUGAAGGCCUGGCAGUUAUACGACAUGGACCCUCUACCACGCUGGGUCUGUAGACGCGCCGCUUUGAUUGGGGACGCAGCUCAUCCAUUUCAACCUUUCCUCGGCCAAGGAGGCGCAAUGGCGAUCGAAGAUGGCGUUUCACUCGCGACCUUCCUCCCUUUGGGCACAAUCCCCAGCGAGAUACCAAGUCUUCUGGGAUUAUAUGAGAAAGCGCGUCGGCCGAGGGUCGAGAUGGCACUGAAGUAUACCCGACUGAACGCGAGAGAUGAAGAUGGCUCAUCGGACCGUCGUAUAACUGCGGCAGAGAUGAUGAGAUUUAUGGGGGCCAUUUUCUCGCACGAUGAACUGGUGAAUUCGCAAACUAUCCUGCAAGAGAACCUGGCUGGCAGUGGUUCCAAUGUGUAAUGCUGCUGGGCAUCGCGAAGUACCGUCCGUACUGAAAGGCUGAACAUAUCCACAUAUUCUAUCCCAUUCGUAAUACUAGAAGCUCAGAGCCCCACCAUAUUGCAUUUAGACGCCAGUAAAGACAUGUGUUCAGACCAGAAGCCCCUUGACAUCUUGAAACUGUUCUUUCUCGUC